AUGGAAUCAAAUCACAAAUCCGGGGAUGGAUUGACCGGCACACAGAAAGAAGCCGCCCUCCGUGCGUUAAUUCAGCGAACGGGAUAUAAUUUGAUCCAGGAAAAUGGGCAGAGGAAAUAUGGGGGACCACCACCAGGCUGGGAUGGCCCUCCACCAGAGAGGGGCUGUGAGAUCUUCAUUGGGAAACUGCCCCGAGACCUCUUUGAGGAUGAACUUAUUCCCCUCUGUGAAAAGAUUGGCAAAAUCUAUGAGAUGAGGAUGAUGAUGGACUUCAAUGGCAACAACAGGGGCUAUGCCUUUGUGACCUUCUCCAAUAAACAGGAGGCCAAGAAUGCAAUAAAGACACUCAAUAAUUAUGAAAUCAGGAACGGGAGACUCCUGGGGGUCUGUGCCAGCGUGGACAACUGCCGCCUGUUUGUGGGGGGCAUCCCCAAAACCAAGAAGAGGGAGGAAAUCCUAGCAGAGAUGAAGAAGGUCACGGAUGGCGUCGUGGAUGUCAUCGUCUACCCCAGUGCAGCCGACAAAACCAAAAACAGGGGCUUUGCUUUCGUGGAGUACGAGAGCCACCGGGCAGCAGCCAUGGCCAGGAGGAAGCUGCUCCCAGGAAGGAUCCAGCUGUGGGGACACCCCAUCGCCGUGGACUGGGCAGAGCCAGAGGUGGAGGUGGAUGAGGACACCAUGUCCUCAGUGAAAAUCCUCUACGUGAGGAACCUCAUGCUCUCAACCACCGAGGAGACCAUAGAGAAGGAGUUCAACAGCAUCAAACCAGGUGCAGUGGAGAGAGUAAAGAAAAUUAGAGACUAUGCCUUUGUGCACUUUAAUAAAAGAGAACACGCAGUGGAGGCCAUGAAAGCCUUGAAUGGGAAGGUCCUGGACGGGUCCCCGAUCGAGGUGACGCUGGCCAAGCCGGUGGACAAGGACAGCUACGUGAGGUACACGCGUGGCACGGGCGGCAGGGCCCCGGUGCUGCAGGGCGACUACACCUACACCUUGGGCCACCUGUACGACCCCUCCACCGCCUACCUGGGCGCCCCGGUGUUCUACGCACCCCAGGCCUACGCGGCCAUCCCCAACCUGCACUUCCCUGCCGCCAAGGGGCUCGGCAGCAGGAGCCUCCUCCGGCCCCCCUCCGUCCGAGAAAUUUACAUGAAUGUACCUGUAGGGGCUGCAGGCGUCCGAGGCCUGGGAGGCCGCGGCUACCUGGCGUUCCCGAGCCUGGGGCGUGGAUACCACCUCAAGGGAGACAAGAGGGGAGAGGAAAAGCUCUACGACCUCCUGCCAGGGAUGGAGCUCACCCCCAUGAACCACGCCACGCUAAAGCCCCAGGGGAUCAAACUCGCCCCUCAGAUCUUAGAAGAAAUCUGCCAGAAAAACAACUGGGGACAGCCUGUGUACCAGCUCCACUCUGCCAUCGGCCAGGAUCAAAGACAGCUCUUCCUCUACAAAAUCACCAUCCCUGCCCUUGCCAGCCAGAGCCCCACCAUACACCCCUUCACACCGCCCAAGCUCAGCGCCUACAUCGACGAGGCCAAGACCUACGCAGCAGAAUACACCCUGCAGACCCUGGGCAUCCCCGUGGAGGGGGCAGAGGUGCCUCCUGCAGCGCCAGCUUUUCCAGGAUACACCAUUGCCAACGCAGCUGCCACUGUCACAGCCACUCAGCUGAAGCAAGCAGUGACAAUGGGACAAGAUUUGGCCACGUAUGCGACCUACGAAGCCUAUCCUGCCUUCGCUGUCGCUGCACGGAGUGACGGCUACGGAGCCUUUUAA